AUGGAAUAUUUGAGCAGAACUUUGAAGAGUCUCAAGGAUAUUCCUGAUUUCAAUUUCCAUCCAAGAUGUGCAAAAAUGAACCUCACUCACAUCUAUUUUGCAGAUGAUCUGAUCAUGUGUUGUAGAGCUGACAAGACCUCUAUCCAACUACUACUAGACAAGUUCAACCAUUUUUCAAAGGUGACAGGGCUCAUGGCUAACUUAGAUAAAAGCUCUAUCUAUGUAGCUGGAGUCAACCAGGGAUUUAAAGAAAUGAUAUGCUCAGACUUCCAAUUCAAGAUGGAGUCCUUGCCAUUCAAGUACUUGGGAGUGCCUUUAUCCUCAAGGAAACUAUCUAUUCAGCAGUGUAUGCCAUUAGUAGAGAAGAUUACAAACAGAAUAAAGUGCUGGACAUCAAAGCUCCUAUCAUACAGUGGCAGACUACAAUUGAUAAGAAGUGUGUUGUUUGAAAUGCAUACAUACUGGGGGCAGGUGUUUUUGAUACCAAAGAAGAUCAUACAACUAGUGAACUCUGUCUGUAGAAUUUUCCUAUGGACAGGAAGUUAUAGUCCUUCAAAGAGAGCUUUGAUUUCCUGGGACAGAAUAUGCAUGCCUGUAUCAGCUGGAGGUUUAAAUGUUAUAAACUUUGAAUGGUGGAAUAAAGCAGCACUGUGUAAGCUAAUGUGGGCAGUACACUCAAAGAAGGAUGCUCUCUGGAUCAAAUGGAUUCACUCAGUAUAUAUAAAGAAGAAGGAUUUCAAUAGUAUGCCGACUCCUAAUCAAGCUUGCUGGUUGGUAGGGAAGAUAUUUGAUAUUAGAGACCGGUACAUAAACAUUGAAUCCUUUGCAAAUAUAAACAAGUUUUGCAGAAGAGAAAAAUUCAGUAUUCAGAAGAUGUACACUCUAUCAAGACCCCAGUAUCCAAAGGUUGGGUGGAAAGCCUUACUAUUGGGUACAAGCAUCCCUAGGCACAACUUUAUACUAUGGCUAGCUCUAAAUCACAGACUUAAUACUGUGGAUAGAUUAGCAGCAUGGGGCAUACAGGUCGACCUUGGAAGUCUCCUAUGUAAGAAUGGGCAAAAUGAAACUAUGACUCACUUGUACUUUGAAUGUCAAUACUCAAGAAGCAUAUGGGGCAUUCUGCUUAAUUGGAUAGGAGAGAAACAUCAGAUUGGUUCAUGGGAAGAGGAAGUCAAAUGGCUGAGUGCAAGAACAAAAAACAGUCGAGCCUAUGGUAGUAUUCUGGCAUUUCUGUUUGCAGCACUAAUAUACGACACUUGGAUAGAAAGGAACAUGCGUAGAUUCCAGGGAAAGGAGACUGAUAUGACGAAGAUGAUACAAGACAUUGUCCUUCAAUUACACAUCAAAGGACAGCAGAAGGCAAAAUAG